AUGAAUUAACUUGAAAUUAGUGAUGAAGGAGUUGCAGAACAAAUUGUAGAAUUAUGUGAGCAAAUCAAUGAAGGGAUCUGGAAUAAUGAAUCUGAAAUUUUAGAGAUGUUUAAAGAAAUAUUUGAAAAUUUGAAUGAGUAAAAGUAAAAAACUGCUCUUGUUUACAUAAAGACUAAUUAAUCAACCUAAAUAUAUGUUAAGAAACUUGAAUUGUAAUUCUUAAAUACAGAAAUUCAUUAACCCUUAAUAGAAGAGGUAAUUGAUUAUAAAAAUAUAUAUAAAUAAAUAACUCAUCAACAUACAGAUUGGUAAUAAUUAAUAAAUCUUUUAAAAUAAAAAGAAUUCUGUGAAUAAAAUAAUAUUAAUCCUGUAAUUAUAAAUAAUUUUGAAAUUCUAUAAAAACUUAAAGUAAAAUUAUUCAGCCUAUUAAAAAUAAGUGAACUAACAUAAAUUAAAGAAUUUGGAUAUCCUUAUUUGAAUAUGAUUAAAGUUUUAUUAGGAUUUAUUGAAAAGGAUAAUGAUCUAGAUGAAUCAGAGGCAAAAAAAUUAGAAAUGAUUAUUGGAGCUUUAUUAGAAAAAUAAAUAAUGUAAUUUUUAGAAUAUGAAGAUAAUUUAUUUUAAUCUUAAAACUCUGAAAUGAUCAAAAAAAUGAUCUUUGCUAUAUAACAAGAAGGAAAAAAAUAUUAAGAUUUUUCAACUGAAUUAUGUUCUCUCACCUUUGAUUAAAAAAUGUUUAUUAAGAUAUGUACUAUUCAAACAAAGGAAAAAGCAUUAGAAAAUAUCAGAAAAUAAAUUUCAUUGUUAUUUUAUUGUGAGAACUUAAAAUGGGAAUAAAAAUUGGAGAUGAAAAAUAUAGAUUAAAAUAUUCUUAAGUAUCAUGGAUUUGAAAGUUUAUACUUUAGCAUAAUUUUCUACUUUUGGCAGUAAUACUGUUAUCAAAAAUAUGGUGAAUUGAAUCAAUUUCAAAUUAAUUUAAAAAAAUUGACUAAAAUUGAAUAAAAAUCUAAAUUAAUAAAGGGUUUUAUUUCUAAAGCAAAAUAAAAUAGUUAAGAUUAAAUUUAUCUGUUUAUGAUCCAUCAUUCAAUACAAUUUUCAUCUGAAAAAAAAGAAUAUAUUAUUGAUGAAGAAAAAAUAUAAAACUAUUAUGAAUUUUAGCAAAAUAAUUAUAAUUAAAUUUGUACUGUAUUUGAAUGCAGAAUAGAAAAUUUUUUAUAAACUGAUUUAUAUUGUUAAUUAAACAAUUUAAGAUUUAUACCUUUAUUUAAUUUGAAAAAGAUAAUCCAAUAAAGUAAAUAAAAUUAAUAUGUUGAUCAAAUUCAAACCAAACAAUAAAUUGAUAUAAAUUUAGAUAAUGAUAUUACUUAAAUACAGCAAAAUCAAUCAAUAAAACAAUGUUCAUAAGAUAUUAUCAAUCAAUGUAUUGAGACAAAUUUAACAGAAUAACAAGUUUGUAUUAUUUCACUGUUAUUUUAAAAUCCUUAAAGAGAAUUUUAUAAUUAAACGAUCAAAGAUUUAGUAUUAAAAUUUAUAUUUCAGCAAAGUGAUGACAUUCAUACAUACAUAAAUGAAUUAAUAAAUUAAGAAUAACAUUUAUCAUUUGGAGAGGUUGUAUUAUUAUUAGAAUUGUUGAGUCCAAAAUUUGAAAAAAAUAUAAUAAGUAUCAUAAAACUCUAUAAACUAAAUUAAUCCUUAAAACUUAUUAGGGUAGUAUUUUGCUUAAUUUAAUUUUUUACAGUUAAUUAAUAAUUAGUAGGAAAGCAAGAAGAAUUAUAAAUAAAAGAAUCAUUAUAAUUAUCAGUAGAAUUAACCAAGUAGUUAUUGUAAUUAAAUGAAAAAGAGUUACUUUCACUUAAAAUUCUGUUUGGAAAGAAAAAAUUCUAAAUACUUUUAGUGGCUGUAGUCAAUUAAUAUUUAAUUUCAGACAUUAAAGCUAAGACUUAUUACAUGAAAAUUCUAAAAAUAUUAGUCCCAAUGUGUCCAGGAAAAUAUCAUGUUUCAAUUUAAACAUUCAGAAUCUUAUUUUUAAGUAUAAGACCUGGGUUAUUGAAUUACUUAUUCUCAUUAAGUAAAAAGCAAAACAUUACACAAGAUGAUUUUAAAAAAACCUUAAUAAUAAUUUUUACAAUUAUGGUAAAUAAGAAUCAAUAGACCUCAAAAUUUAUACUGUCUAACCUACAUUAUUUCUUUACUCAGUCUUGUUAUGAUUUCGAUUAGAUUUGGAGAACUAGACAAAUGUAAGUUAUGGAUAAGCAUAAUUUUAAGUUUAACCUAAUUAAAUUCUUAAAUUCCAGAUACAUGAUCAAAAGUUUGGUGGAAGAAUGCUUUUCUCUAUUUAAGGAGAAUCCUCAAUUUUAUAAGGAAUAGCUUGGAAAAGUAAAUUAUUUUAAAAAUAUCUAAAUACAUUCUGUUUAUUUUCUCCAAAAAAAUAUAAUUGAUUAAUGCCCAUCAGAUGGUUGCUUUUCACUUGAAGAUUUCAAUAUCUCAUUAACUGAAACAUCAUCCCAAUAAGAGAAGAAAAUUGUGUAGGAUUGGAUGGAUAAUAUAAAGGAUACAUAAAAAUUUAAAUAACUAAUUCCGUUUUUUUUUAACAUUAUUAAGAGAGGGGAGUCAUCAAAAAAGUUAUUGUCAAUAAUCACAACAUUCAAAAACUAAAAUAAAGAGUCUAUAAAAAUUAUCAGCAAUAUGAAAGCAUUGUUUUAAUUAUUUUAUAACAAUUCUAAUGAUGAACUUAAGGUUAUGUUACUUAAACUCUACCAAAAUAUGUAUCCUGUCCCUUUAAUUUUUCAAAAUCCAUCUUUAUAAACUGCUAAAGAAGAAAUUGAUUUAUAUGGAUUUAAUGAGAAACUGUAUUAUGUAUUUUAAACAUCUUUUCCUAUCAUUAAUUUUUCCUUAAGCUAAAAGUAAGCUUAAAUAGGGAAGACAGAGUUAAUAAAUUAAUUGUUUUACUAGUAGGAUAAAUUUGAGACAUAGGAUACUUGCCAAUUAAAUAACAAUACUAUUGAUAUAAUGUUUGAUACAUAAUUUAAUGGAUCAAGAAAUUUUAGUGUUGCUGAUGCUCAUGGCUAAUUUCCAAUAGAAUUAUUAGUUAAAAUUUUGCCAUUAUUCCGAAUGUGGAUUCUACAAUUUGAUUCAGAAUAUGAACUUAUUGAAAAUUAUAGAAAGUUAUAGGAAAUCAAGAAAAGCCUGCCUAAACAAAAUUCUACAAUAUGUUUUAUUAUAAGAAAUUACAAAGGAGAGUUAGAAGAGAAUAUUAUUAAUGAAGAAUUAAAGAAAAAUUUAGAGCAGUUGAAAAAAGAAGGAAUAAAAGUACAUAAAAUAAUUGAUUUGGCUUAGAAAGGUUUGGAUAAAUCUUUAAAAGAGUAAGAAUUGUAACUUGCCUAAUCUUUUAUUUUCAAUGAGAUCACUAAAGUAAAUUAACAAUAAUCACUAGUCACUAAUUAAGAUUUUUUAGGAAUAAUAUAAAAAUUUGAUUCAAAAGAAAAAAAAGUAUCUCAUUAAUUUUUAUAAGACAGGUUUAUCAUUAAAGAUUUAGAAAAUGAACUAAAUAGAUUGGUUUAAAAACCUAUGGGAUUUUAUGAUUAAGAAGCUUUUCCAAUUAGAUCCAUAGAAUACCAAUUAAAGAUUUUAAAAGAAAGAGAAAUCUAAUUGAUUCAAUAAAAAAAUAAUACAAGUUAAAUUUAAACAAACAACUAAAAGGAGUUUGACAAAAAUCAAGAUAACAAAGAAUAUGAAGAAACAAAGUAAUAAAUAAUCAAAUUAGAAGAUUCAAUUAAGAACGCUGAAUUAUCAAACCUUUUAAAUAUGUUUUGUAAAAUAUUUGACUAAAGCUCAUACUAUAUUUUAUAUUUAUAAUUUACAGAUUAAGUUAGAAAAUUUAAUGAACGUAACACUUAUGAAUUGUAGGAAAAAAAUCAAAUUAUUAAUGAAAAAUUGAUGAAACUUAAAAAAGACAGGGAUUAAAUAAAGCUUAAAAAGAAUGAAACUAAUAAAGAAUCUUCAUCAAUAAUAAAUUAUGAUGGAAAAAAUAAAAUAUAUAAAAAAUAACAAGAUGAACUAAAGCAGGAACUAAAAUAAAAUUUGGAAAAUAUAGCAUUCAGAAAUAUUGGGAUAGAAAUGUUUUGGAGAGAGCUUAUUGCAAUCAAUUAAAGAAGUUUGGCUCCUAUAUAAAUUGAUCCAGCAGAUAAGGUAUAUGAAAUGAUUAAAAAAGGGGAACCUUUUGAAUUUCUAGACGGAGAUUCUCUUUAGAUAAAUGCAAAAUUUUUGGAUGAACUUAAAAAUAAAUUCACAAAUUUGGGAAAAGAGAAGGUUUUAGUAUUAAGUGUUUUAGGACCUUAAAGUUCAGGAAAAUCUACUAUUUUAAAUAAAAUAUUUGGAUGCCAUUUUUGGACAAGUGUUGGUAGAUGUACAAAAGGUAUUUAUUUAAAUUUGUUGAAAAUCUAAUUUAAAGAAUACUUUAAUAAUUUAUUUGAUUAUAUAUUAAUACUUGAUUCAGAAGGAUUAUAGAAUCCAAAUCAGAUUGAUCCUGAGUUUGAUAAAAAAAUUGCUCUUUUUGUCUUGGCAAUAAGUGAUAUCAUUUUGAUAAAUGUUAAAGGAGAUAUACAUCAACAAUUUAAAAAUUUGGUUGAAAUGUGCAUUUUUACUUUAGUAUCUAUGAAAUCUAAUCUCUCUUCUAUAAAGUAAUUAAGUUGGUGUUUUAAUUAAAAUAACGAUGCUAACAAUUUUGCUCCAUUUUUAAACUAAAUACAAGGAAUUGCCAAUAGUUUAAAUUUAGAAUANCUAAUUGAUUCAAUAAAAAAAUAAUACAAGUUAAAAUUCAUUAUUUACAACAAAAAACUAAAAGGAGAUUGA